CCGGGGUCUCCCGCACCUCGCGGCGGGGGUUGGCCCGCUGGAGGGCCGAGCCGGGAAGGUCAUCAGGAAGGUCGUGGGCAGGACGUGCAGCGCCGCAGCCGCGCCGGAAAUUCACCAUGUCUAUUCUCAAGAUCCAUGCCAGAGAGAUCUUCGACUCUCGUGGGAAUCCCACCGUUGAGGUUGAUCUCUAUACCGAAAAAGGUCUCUUCCGAGCUGCAGUGCCCAGCGGUGCCUCCACUGGCAUCUAUGAGGCCCUAGAACUCCGUGACAAUGACAAGACUCGGUACAUGGGGAAAGGUGUCUCAAAGGCUGUUGAGCACAUCAAUAAAACAAUUGCACCUGCUCUGGUUAGCAAGAAACUGAAUGUUGUGGAGCAAGAGAAGAUUGACAACCUGAUGAUCGAGAUGGACGGCACUGAAAAUAAAUCUAAAUUUGGUGCAAAUGCCAUCCUGGGAGUGUCCCUGGCUGUCUGCAAAGCUGGUGCUGUGGAAAAGGGGGUGCCUCUUUACCGUCACAUUGCUGACUUGGCUGGCAAUCCAGAUGUUAUCCUGCCGGUCCCAGCUUUCAAUGUGAUCAACGGUGGCUCUCAUGCUGGCAACAAGCUGGCCAUGCAGGAGUUCAUGAUCCUCCCAGUGGGGGCUUCCUCUUUCCGGGAGGCCAUGCGCAUUGGAGCUGAGGUUUACCACAACCUGAAGAAUGUCAUCAAGGAGAAGUAUGGCAAGGACGCCACCAAUGUGGGGGACGAGGGCGGAUUUGCACCUAACAUCCUAGAGAACAAGGAAGCACUGGAGCUGCUGAAGAACGCGAUUGCAAAGGCCGGCUACACCGAGCAGGUUGUCAUUGGCAUGGAUGUGGCUGCGUCUGAGUUCUUUAGGUCGGGCAAGUAUGACCUGGACUUCAAGUCUCCUGAUGACCCCAGCAGAUACAUCACACCUGACCAGCUGGCUGACCUGUACAAGUCCUUCAUCCAGGACUAUCCAGUGGUGUCCAUUGAAGACCCCUUUGACCAGGACGACUGGGAAGCGUGGCGAAACUUCACCGCCACAGCAGGCAUCCAGGUGGUUGGGGAUGAUCUCACGGUGACCAACCCUAAGCGCAUAGCCAAGGCUGUGGGCGAGAAAUCCUGCAACUGCCUCCUGCUCAAAGUGAACCAGAUCGGCUCUGUGACCGAGUCUCUUAAGGCGUGUAAGCUGGCCCAGUCCAAUGGCUGGGGCGUCAUGGUGUCCCAUCGCUCUGGGGAGACUGAGGACACUUUCAUCGCUGACCUAGUGGUGGGACUGUGCACUGGGCAGAUCAAGACGGGUGCCCCUUGCCGAUCUGAGCGCCUGGCCAAGUACAACCAGCUCCUUAGAAUUGAAGAAGAGCUGGGCAGCAAGGCCAAGUUUGCUGGCAGGUCCUUCAGGAACCCCCUGGCAAAGUAAAGCGUGGACUGGAGAUCCUGGAGCCAGCAGCUGCUUAGAUCCUCCCUGUCCCUGGUGUCAUCAAGGCCAGUCCAGUACUUGUCCUUUCCAUGUCACAGCUUCCUUAGACUCUGAAGUCACGCCUGACCACCUGGAACCCUGCUGGAAACCCCAGCUUUGUAAUCAUGUGAUUGGUCUGAAUCAUUGUUCCUGUCACCUCACUUGCCAGCUAGUGUCUGGAGCCCUCGUGACUCCAGUGUAAUCUCUAGAACUCCCCCCCCCCCCCAUGGUUCUACAUGCAAAAUAAAAGCCGCAGUAACCAUGAGAGCACUGCUCAUGUGUGGGUAA